UGUGAUUGUCCCAGCUGAAGUAGUGGAACAUGUUUGGAAUGAUCAAAAACUCCCUUUUUGGCACAUCAGAGGUUUGGCCCUGCCGGGUGCUCAGGAAAGGGGAGAAGGAUGAUGUAGCGUAUGAAGAAAGGGAGUAUGACGGUGGCAAAUUUGCUACUGUUGAGCUCACCGGAAAGCCGUUUGACGAGGCCUUACAUGAAGCAGUUCUGAAACUCCUCAAAUACGUUGGAGGAAGCAAUGACCAGGGAGCUGGGAUGGGAAUAAUGGCUCCCGUGUGCACCACUGUGUUUCCUGGGCAGGAUGGGUCAUUGCAACAGAAGGUGAAAGUCUUGCUACGCAUCCCAAGCCAGUUCCAGGCCAGUCCUCCAUUGCCCAGUGAUGAGGAAAUCCAGAUUGAAGAGAGAGAAGGAAUGACUGUUUACUCCACGCAAUUUGGAGGCUAUGCCAAAGAAGGGGAUUAUGUGAAUUAUGCAGCCAAGCUGACUUCUACUUUAGGAAAUGAGGCAACCUUCCAUGAAGACUUCUAUUUUUGCAAUGGCUAUGAUCCCCCCAUGAAGCCCUAUGGCCGACGCAAUGAGGUCUGGUUAUUGAAAAAAUAACUAUCCAGAUGUGAACUGACUCUUUCUCUGGCUUACUGUUGGGGGACAAAGCAUCCAUGCCGAUGAAUCAAGGCUGUCCCCAUUUCUCCAAAUCUAAAUCACUGCCACAUCAGUAAUCCAAAAGAGCCAUAAUGCUUGCUUAACAUGUCCUUGCUGCCCCUUUAUGUGCAGCCUCACAGUGUUAGAUCCAUCUCUCCCAAGGCUGCCCAAGGGGAUACUAAGCCAGCUGUGCUUACAAGCCAGCAAAACUGACAUCUGUUAACAGAUGGUCAUUUCCCGCAGGCUUUGCCAACCUGUUACAAUUACCUGGAAUGGGAGAGAAUUUCUGUCUGUAGUCCAAGUCGUCCCCACAGGCCAUUCUCCCAAAUGGUGCUGGAAUAGCUCAGCUGACGUGGCACCAAAAACACAUUCACAACGGUGCCUAAAUGAAUGUUUUAAUACUGAAACCAGGUUUAAAGCCAUUGAGGUGCAACACUGGCAAACAAACAUUUAGGACUGGCAGCAUUGAAAUGAAUUGGAACAAUGACUUUGGCAACAUGAUCCACCAGAACUUGCUGUCAUAUAAGGGAAUUGCUCUGAGAAAUUGUGCUGCACAGCAUUGGGGGAAGACUCACACUCCUAUAGACAAUUUGGUCAGUGUGCAGCUACCUGUGGCCUUUGGUCUUUUGUCCAGGGGAUAAAGCUUCCCCCUCUUAACAGUUUUAUCAGUCCAAGCCAUAAGAAGUGAUACCGUCACUCUGGUGUACUAGGGGGCAGGGGGACAGCUUCACUCUGGGGAAUCUGACCUAUCUGCAAAUUGUAGACUGUACAACCAGCACGGCACAGAGGAUGAGUGCAUAGUCUCUCAAGAAAAGAUGGGGGGGG